CGCCCGGCUAUACUCUUCUCUUCUACUCUCCUCUGCAUAUACGAUCCGACUUACACCACGCCACCGCCGCAAUGAUAGCCUCAUCCGUGCGAGACAAGACGCCCAAAUACUUCAUCGAGCCCGGCGGCAGCCUCGCGCUGGGCCACUACGACAAGCGCUACUUCAAGGCCGAGAUCCCCUACGGCGAGCACCGCGACGUGCUGCGCCAGCUGGUCCGCAGCUACCUGACGACCUUGCACGAGCACGGCGUCGAGACAUGGCUCGCCCACGGCACGCUGCUGGGCUGGUGGUGGAACGGCCAGAUCAUGCCGUGGGACUACGACCUGGACGUGCAGGUGUCCAACAACACCAUGCAGUGGCUGGGCGACAACAUGAACCGCACCGAGCACACCCACGACUUCAACGGCAACUCCAAGACGUAUCUGCUCGACAUCAACCCGCACCACGUCGACAUUGACCGCGGCGACGGCAUGAACAUCAUCGACGCGCGCUGGAUCGACACCACCAACGGCAUGUUCAUCGACAUCACCGGCGUGCGCGAGCGCGAGGCCGACCGCCCGGGCGUCUGGAGCUGCAAGAAUAAGCAUCGCUACGGCAGCCAGGACCUGUGGCCCAUGCGCGUCACCGAGUUUGAGGGCGUCAAGGCGCGCAUCCCGUACAACUUUGAGCAGAUUCUGCGCGACGAGUACGGCGACAAGAGCUUGGUUGUCGAGGAGUUUCAAAAUCACCGCUGGAACCACGACAUUAGCGAAUGGGUCCAAAUGUCUGACGAAGAAGUCAAGCAGCGCAAAGAAGAAGAGGAGGCCAGGAAAAAAGAAGAAGAAGCCAAGAAGAAUGAGAAGACUGAGUAAGAGAACCACGAAACUCUUGGAAGUCUCGCGCAUUUCAUUUUUCUACGACAAAACAUGGCUUCCUUUUUUUUCCCCCCAUUAUACGCAUAUACCUUUUUUCCCCUCCUCUUUAAUGCUUGGUAUAUUCUCUCGACACAUCACGUUUUUCAUUGGAUCAAAAAGCGAAACGAGCAUCGCAGGCGUUUUUGUUUGUUUUUCAUCAUGGGCGGGUUUUGAUUUUUUUCCUCAGCUGUUCAACUGCAGAUACUAGGGGUGUGAGCUGUUGCCUGUACAUAGUUGGAUACCAGUCUUGUUUAAUGAGUUCAUGUCGAAAACACGUCGUGUGAGGCCAUGGGGAGUUUCAAAGGCUGUUUUCCUCCUGUUUCCACAUCGGAUACGAUAUACUGUGUACUAUUAUACAUACAUAUAUAAAUAUAUAUAUACGUAUACAUCAUGAUAAAUCAUAUAGUAUCCAGUAGCAAAACCUGCGCCGGUGUUAUACUGCGUGACAUGCGUACUUUCAUGCAAGCUUCAUUACACGCUCCUCUUAUGCUAUGCGUCGAUCCAUCUCUUCCACACUUUCAAAUCUUUCCCAGCAUCCCCAUUCUCAUCCCACGCUCGAAUGCGACACGCCGAUCCCAAAUCCACCAAUGGCACCAAACUCGGUCGUCCAUGCGCGCAUUGGAAAGGGAACGCGCAUCGCGCAAGCCGUCGCACGAGAUGCUCGCACUCUCCAGCCGAUAAAACAUCAUUGAACAUGAUGGCACCUGCAAAGCACACACAUUCGUUAGCAAACAGAUAGAACACGUGGCAUUUAGUAGGAGAGCAACUUACUUCGACAGGCCCUCGAAUGCAACAUCUCGAGGAUCCCUCUCGGACAGCCAUGAAAGUGCGCCAUUAAAGCUUGAUUCAACGUGCCCUUUCCAGCACUGCGCG